CUCUAAACGGUUGCUGCCUGCAGUAGCCUGUGCAUGCGGCUGCAACCAUGUCCAUCGAUGCCAUCGACUCAAGAGGAAGAAUACCUCGGGAUAUAGUUGCUAUCUUCCAUGCUUCGUUUCACCCAACGAAGGGUAAUCUAGUGGACUGGUGUUUGAAGGCCAGCGAUGACCUUGAGCUCGAUGGUGUUGAAUUUAGCACCCUCCCCAGUGGUCUCCAUCUUGUAGACCAGGAUGUGGUAUACUUCACGAAGGAUACCCAUUCCGGCAUAUGUGUUUUCCGUCGGCGGAGGACCGCUGAACAAGGUCACCGCGGGUUCCGGCUGACGUCUCUUGGAGUUCUAUUGGCCAAAUCUACCCGGUCUCGUCCAUGGCGGCAUGUAGCUGCCCUUCGGACUUUAGCUGACUCCAUAUAUCUCUCGCUAGAAACCAGAGGUGUUUUAGAGCCAUCUGAAAGCGAUUGGGAACCCGCUCGUGUUUUUUUCGAAGAACGCAAGGUUCAACGAGCAGAUCUCAGUGGUGCUGGCGAAUGGUAUGGUUGGAGUCAUGAACUUGAUAAUCCGGAUUCAGAAUUGUCUCGAUUUAAUCCUACCAUGCACCUCUCACACUUGUUGCGCAUCCUAGGACCUUCGGCAUUGACGUUGUACAAGCAUGUCCUUGGGCGUCAGAGGAUACUUAUAUAUACGCUCCCGCCGGUUGAAGCCGCAUGCAUACUGUGCCAAGUGGCCGCAGAUAUCUGUUACGCAGCUCAACUUGACCCAUCAACUAAUGACAUCAAUGAAAAUGACCCGGCGACGCAGUAUUAUACGAGGCUUAAGGGUAAAACACAAGAGGGUAUUCAUGUGCUUGGCAUGGUUACUCUCAAUGACCUUGACAGGAUGGAUCGCGAGGGCAAAACUGGUCGAGGUUGGGUUGCUUGCACGACUGAUGCCAUUUUUCUGGACAAACCAUCUUACUACGACCUUUUGAUCGAUCUAACGACAUCUACACCCUCCAAAACUUCACGACCGACCUUAUACCUCUCAAAGCCGCAGCCGCAGCCACCUGGUUCCAAAGGGCCCACACAUCGUUUAGCCGUUUUUCGUUUCACGUGGAGUGAUAUAAGGCUGUGGAACGAGCUUGAACGCAUUCUGCAGCUGGAUGGCGAUCAAUGUGUACAGCCAUGCUGCCGCCCCUCAUCUGAAAUCAAUGCCAGAAAUAAACCCUCAUCUUCGUGGACAGACCCUUGGAGAAUAUAUGAAGACGUGUGUAUUGUAUGUGCUGGGCUCUGGAUGGGGUCCUGGCGUGGCAACUCAGUUGCGUCCUAUUCCACUGGCAACGGAUCCCUCGCCAACUGGGGCAGCAUCAGAUUAGAAGGUGACGAUGAUCUUACCGUUGACGGAACAUUUGUGCGUAACCUGGGUAUGGGGAUUGAAGGGUGUCCUGGUGGAAGCCCAAACUCAAAGGGAAUGAGAAGGACCAGCGGCAUGACUUGGCCGGUUGGAAACACUGGUGCUGACCGUCGCCAGCCUUCGUCAUCUUCCGCUGCUACGCGAUCUAUGCCACAGUUGUGCAACAAUGGUAAUGACACAGAUCCAGAAACCAACGAACGACAUGAUCGUCAGAUUCUGACGACACUCGCCCUACUUCAAACAUUUCACGCCAACACCAGCUUCCAACUCUCUCGCCUAGUUGAUCUACUUCCUUCUGUCACCUCCGGUACACCAGAGACUUCGGUGAUUUACAUUACUCCAAAAGAUAUGGUAUCAUUCGAGCUUGGCCCUUUAAGCUCUCUUGAUGCCCGUUACCUAGAGUGGUUAGCUGACGAGUAUGGUGCAGGGUCGCAGAUCGUAGUGAAGAGGGGAUGGAAGGAUUUAUUUGGAAUGAUAUUUGGCUUUGGUUAACAAACAUCGACUCUCGCUGAGAAGACGCGGUGUUUUAUAUUUAUCAUUUUGCUUUGUUGGCGGCUUGAUACCCAACAGAAAUGUAGUAUUAGCUAUAGACCCUAUUAGACCAGUCCCCUGCCUUGAGGCUUCAUUAAUUAUGCAGUCACUAAACUCCA